UUUGUGUUUAUUUUCUGGUCCCACUAAACAUUCCUGUUAAAAGCUACCAAUUGGGAUAAACAAUCCGAUCCAAUCAUAAUUUCUGAAAAUGGCCACGGAAGAGCAUCAACGUCUGGCUAAUAUUAUAAAAAGCUGCCAUGAAAGUUUACGGCAGCUGACGAAGGAACAUGGAGCUGCAGCGGCGUGGCAGGAGCACACAAGUCCUCAGAACGGCAGCCGAUUGGCGGAGUACGCCAAGGCCAUGCGGCAACUGGCGGCCAUAUGGGAGACCAACAACGAGAACGUGGAGCUGCAGGCGCGCAGUCGCAUAAAGUGGGCCAUUGACUAUAUCACGAAAUACUUCUUCACCGAGGGAAUUUAUCUACAGAAGCGACAACGCGAGCAACGUUUACUCGAAUCCUACAGGACAGAAGGACAGUUGGGCGACGUGGAGUGCCAAUGGAUGGAGGAGCCGCCGGACAGACUACGUGUGCUGGACGUGGGCAGCUGUUUCAACCCCUUCGCUAGCACCCCGCAUCUGGAGGUCACAGCCCUGGAUCUUUGUCCGGCCACAGCGGAUGUCCUCCAAGCGGAUUUUUUAAAAGUAGAAAUAGAGCCCGGACUAGAAGAGCCUGAACUGGUAGAGGGGAGUGUCAGGAGGCUGCCUGCGAAGCACUACGAGUGCGUAAUUUUCAGUCUUUUGUUGGAAUACAUGCCCAGUGCCGAACAACGGCUGGAAUGCUGUCGAAAGGCCUACGACCUCCUCCUGCCCGAAGGCAUACUUGUUAUUGUGCAUCCAGACUCCCAGCAUGUGGGUAAAAACGCCCACCUAAUGAAAAACUGGCGCUAUGCGUUGGCCAAGCUGGGCCUGCUAAGAGUGCGUUUUGAGAAACUUCCGCACAUCUCUUGCAUGGUUUUCCGGAAAGCCAUCAGCCGGGAUCUCGCCCAGCACUGGGCAAGCAUCCACCGGGAAGAGGGCAUGUGCGAAGCCAUACGGAUACCGCAGGACGACAAUUAGAUAGCUAGAUAAGAUACCAGAAGCCCAAAUCGAUGUAAAUAUUUUCAUGUCUAGUUAUUUAUGGCCUAACUUAUCUGCGUUAAGUGCGAGUUAAUAAUAAUGGUUGACAAUGAUUUAUCUA